AUGGAAGAAAGCAAUAAUAAUUUGCCCCAACACUAUAGCCCUUCAUCAAAUCCUCAGACUAGCGGAGUCCUCAGCAUGAUUUAUAUAGUGGCACGGGCACCUGAUCAGCAUGAUGAUGAUGGUGACUAUGAUGAUGAAGAUGAUGUUGAACACGAAAACACCAUGCCAGACUUUGAUUUAAACGUCGAACCGGCUCAUCAGGAGGAUGAGCUUGAAGAUGAUCAACUGGGAUUCAGGGAAAACAGCAUAUCAGAUUUUGAUAUGGACUUCUCUUGGGAGGAGAACGAGGUUCAACAGGAAAACAUGGUACUAGAUUUUGACCUGAACCUUCCGCCUCCGGUCAAUGACGUUCAGGAGCAACAGGAAAACAUGGCACCACGUUCUGGCCUCGAGUUGCCUCUUGAGGAGGAGCCUGAGAAUGAACAGGAAAACAUGGUACUGGAAAACGUCCAAUGGCCGAGUCGGGAGGACGAGGAUCAGAGGGAGAACCACCAGCCCAGGAACCAGUUUCAGGAAUCUAAUCUAUCAAUAUAUAUCAUCUAUUACAAUCGUUUUCGACAACAAGUGGAUUCUGGAAGAGAUCAUUUGGAUAGCAAUGCUGGUGGGAAUCAUGGCGGCUUCCCUUGGGAGUCAGUAAACGAUUUAAUCGCUGCAUUACAACAAUUUUUCCAAGGUAUUAAUCAGAGCCGUAAUUUGUCAGAAGAAACCAUCUCAGAGCACCUUAAAACGAAAAAAUAUCAAUCACCUGCAAAUCAAGAUUGUCAGGAAGAACAUGAAAUUUGCAUAGUUUGCCAAUGCGAAUAUGAGAAUCAGGAGACAGUUGCAACCCUUGAUUGCGGACAUGAAUACCACGCUGACUGCAUUAAAAAAUGGUUUCUCAAGAAAAAUCUUUGCCCUAUAUGCAAACGUACAGAGUUUUAA